AUGCCUCGUAAAGUUGAUAAUGAGUCAGAAACAGAUGUCCUAAGUGAUUUCGAGACGUAUCAUGUUGAUAACAAAGCGAAAUCUUUGGAUGAUAUCAGAAAAGUAAUACGUAGAGACUAUGAUGUAUUGUGUGCAAGGGGUGGCGAUAGUAAUGGAAGUAGAGGCCAGGUAGAGGCCCCAGAGUUGUGGCUCUGCACACCAGGCCUGUACGGUAAUGUGGCUUUAGAUAACCUACAGAUAAAAGAAAAUGCUCUGAGUGAAUUGGAUGUUCCUUUUAAAGUCAAAGCUGGCCAGAUUGAUAAAUUAACUUUGAAGAUUCCUUGGAAGAACCUUUACGGAGAAGCAGUUGUUGCGACCCUAGAAGGUCUCUACCUCCUUGUUGUCCCUGGAGCAAGUAUUAAAUAUGAUGCUGAAAAAGAAGAAAAAUCCUUGCAAGAUAUUAAACAGAAGGAGCUAUCCCGAAUUGAAGAAGCUCUUCAGAAAGCAGCAGAGAAAGAUAAGCCAAAAGAAGCCAAAAAGGAUACAUUUUUAGAAAAAUUGGCAACCCAAGUAAUUAAAAAUGUACAAGUAAAAAUCACAGACAUUCACAUUAAAUAUGAAGAUGAUGUCACUGAUCCACAGCAGCCUCUUUCAUUUGGUGUCACACUUGGAGAACUCAGUCUAUUGACUGCAAAUGAACACUGGACUCCAUGCAUAUUAAAUGAAGCAGAAAAAAUUAUAUACAAGCUUAUACGACUUGAUAGUCUCAGUGCCUACUGGAAUGUAAACUGCAGAAUGUCUUACCAGGGAUCAAAGGAACAGAUCUUAGAUCACCUGAAAAGUGGAAUUGUUACAAGUAGCAGUAUGCCUGCAAACCAUCAAUAUAUUUUCCAGCCAAUAUCAGCCUCUGCAAAGCUCUACAUGAAUCCUUAUGCAGAAACAGAGCUCAAAACUCCCAAACUUGAUUGGAACAUAGAAGUACAGAAUAUUGCCAUUGAAUUGACCAAACCUCAGUACUUAAGUAUGAUUGACCUUUUGGAGUCGGUGGAUUAUAUGGUUAGAAAUGCCCCUUACAGGAAAUACAAGCCUUAUGUACCACUUCAUACCAAUGGUCGACAAUGGUGGAAAUAUGCAAUUGAUUCUGUUCUUGAAGUUCAUAUAAGAAGGUAUACACAGAUGUGGUCAUGGAGUAACAUAAAAAAACACAGGCAGUUGCUCAAGAGUUAUAAAAGUGCCUACAAAACCAAGCUAACCCAGACUAAAGUCUCAGAAGAAAUACAGAAACAAAUUCAGGAUUUGGAGAAGACUUUAGAUGUUUUUAACAUAAUUUUAGCAAGGCAACAAGCACAAGUAGAGGUGAUUCGAUCUGGGCAAAAAUUAAGGAAAAAGUCUACUGAUACAGGCGAGAAACGUGGAGGCUGGUUUAGUGGAUUUUGGGGUAAGAAGGAGUCUAAGAAAAAAGAUGAAGAAUCUUUGAUUCCUGAAAGUAUUGAUGACAUUAUGACUCCAGAGGAGAAAGAUAAGCUCUUUACUGCUAUUGGUUAUAGUGAGAGCACCCACAACUUAACUUUACCCAAGCAGUAUGUUGCCCAUAUAAUGACACUGAAGUUAGUAAGUACCUCUGUUACAAUAAGAGAAAACAAAAAUAUUCCAGAAAUAUUAAAAAUUCAGAUAAUUGGCCUGGGUACCCAAGUAUCUCAGCGACCAGGAGCACAAGCGCUUAAGGUGGAAGCAAAAUUAGAACACUGGUACAUAACAGGUCUGAGACAGCAGGGUAUUGUACCGUCACUGGUGGCUUCCAUUGGUGAUACUUCAUCAUCCUUGCUUAAAAUUGAAUUUGAAACCAAUCCAGAGAAUAGUACUGCCGACCAGACUCUGAUUGUCCAGUCCCAGCCUGUGGAGGUCAUCUAUGAUGCUAAAACCAUCAAUGCAGUGGUUGAAUUCUUUCAAUCAAAUAAAGGAUUAGAUCUUGAACAAAUAACAUCAGCUACAUUAAUGAAGCUGGAAGAAAUUAAAGAGAGAACAGCUACAGGACUUACACAUAUUAUUGAAACUCGAAAAGUCCUUGAUUUAAGGAUAAACCUGAAACCUUCCUAUCUAAUACUUCCACAGACUGGUUUCCACCAUGAAAAGUCAGAUCUUCUCAUUUUAGAUUUUGGUACAUUUCGGCUUAACAGUAAAGAUCAAGGUUUGCAGAAGACUAGUAAUUCAUCUCUGGAAGAAAUAAUGGAUAAAGCAUAUGACAAAUUUGAUGUUGAAAUAAAAAGUGUGCAGUUACUCUUUGCAAAAGCAGAGGAAAACUGGAAAAAGUGUCGAUUUCAGCAUCCAUCAACUAUGCAUAUAUUGCAACCCCUGGAUAUUCAUGUUGAGUUGGCCAAGGCAAUGGUAGAAAAAGACGUUAGAAUGGCCAGAUUGAAAGUAUCUGGGGGACUACCUUUGAUUUAUGUGAGAAUUUCUGACCAGAAGAUGAAGGAUGUACUAUGUUUGAUUAACAGUCUACCCUUGCCUCAGAAAUCCUCUCAACAGUCUCCAGAGAGACAGGUAUCCUCAAUUCCUGUUAUUUCAGAUAGGACAAAAGAUCUACUUAGUACUUCACUGUUACUAGAUGGAGUAGAAUCAGAGUCUGAUGAUGAAUAUUUUGAUGCUGAAGAUGGAGAUACACAGACUGGUAAAAGUUUGAGAGGUUCAGAACUAAAAAAAGCUGCAGAGGCCCCAAAUGAGGAGCUCAUUAAUCUUUUACUGAAGUUUGAAAUUAAAGAGGUAUGUAUAUUUGUUUCAUCCAUUAAUAAAUACAUUGCUGUUAUCACUGUCCUUGUAAACUAUUUCAUGCUAGAUCCGAUCAUAAAAUAUAUUAAAAUUUUGGUACUUUCAUUUUAUUUGAAACACUUCUUUUUCUUUAAUCUAGGAUCCAAAAAGAAGCCCCUUCAUUUGAUUAGCUCUUCUGAUAAACCUGGAUUAGAUCUCUUAAAAGUAGAAUAUAUUAAGGCUGAUAAGAAUGGACCUAGUUUUCAAACUACUUUUGAAAAAACUGAACAAACACUUAAGGUGGCUUUUUCAUCUUUAAAUCUGUUGCUGCAAACACAAGCUCUUCUGUCUUCUAUUAAUUACCUGACAACCAUUAUCCCAUCAGAUGACCAAAGAAGUGAUACCAAAGAAGUACAAAUUUCAGCUGAAAAGCAACAAAAAAAUUCAGCUCUGCAGAAAGUGAUUGCAUCUUCUAAAGACAGGGACAUUAUUGACUUCAGACUAUUUGCCAAGUUGAAUGCUUUCUGUGUCAUUGUUUGUGAUGAGAAGAACAAUAUUGCUGAAAUCAAGAUUCAAGGCCUUGAUUCUUCUCUUUCUCUUCAGUCAAGAAAACAGUCACUAUUUGCCAGACUGGAAAAUAUUAUUGUCACAGAUGUUGAUCCUAAGACAGUUCAUAAAAAAGCUGUGUCAAUAAUGGGAAAUGAAGUUUUUCAUUUUAACUUGGAUUUGUAUCCGGAUGCAACUGAGGGAGAUUUCUAUACUGAUAUGUCCAAAGUGGAUGGUGUGGUAUCACUGAAUGUUGGUUGUAUUCAGAUUGUCUAUCUUCAUAAAUUCCUCAUGUCAUUUCUGAACUUCCUGAACAAUUUCCAGACAGCCAAAGAGGCUCUGAGUGCUGCCACUGCUCAGGCUGCAGAAAAGGCUGCCAGAAGUGUGAAAGACCUUGCCCAGAGGAGCUUCCGUGUUUCUCUCAAUAUUGAUCUGAAAGCACCAGUUAUAGUCAUCCCACAGUCCUCCAUCUCCACGAAUGCAGUGGUGGUAGAUCUUGGGCUAAUCAGAGUUCAAAAUCAGUUUAGUCUGGUGUCUGGGGAAGACUAUUUAAACCCUCCAGUAAUUGAUAGAAUGGAUGUGCAGCUAACAAAGCUUAAGCUCUCUAGGACAGUGAUCCAGCCAGGCAUCUCCCAUCCUGAUGUUCAGCUCUUGCACCCAACUAACUUGAAACUUUCUGUAAACCGAAAUCUAGCUGCAUCUUGGUAUCACAAAGUACCUGUUGUAGAAAUUAAAGGACAUCUUGAAUCAAUGAAUGUUAAUCUAAAUCAAGAAGAUCUUAAUCUUUUAUUUAGAAUACUAGCAGAAAAUCUUGGUGAGGCUACUGAAGACUUAAAUAAAAUGAAACAAAGAGAACAAAAGACAGGUGAAAUUAAAGGACCACUUGAAAUCUCUACAUCAAAACAAGAAGUACAUGCUUCCCAAGGUACUUUAAUAGCUGGAGCGGAAGAAAUGAGAUCUGUAGACAUCAUUAAUAUACUGCUGAAUUUUGAAAUCAAAGAGGUUGUGAUUACUCUGAUGAGAAAAGCAGAAAAGAAAGGAAGACCUUUACAUGAACUAAAUAUUCUGCAGCUUGGAAUGGAAGCUAAAGUUAAAACCUAUGACCUGACUGCUAAUGCUUAUCUAAAAAAAAUUAGUAUGCGAUGCUUUGAGUUCACUGACUCUGCAGGAGAGCCACUUCACAUGAUUAACUCUUCUAAUGUCACUGAGGAGCCUCUGCUGAAAAUGUCACUGACAAAGGCAGACAAUGAUGGACCAGAAUUUAAAACCAUUCAUGAUAAUACCAAACAGAGACUGAAGGUUUCGUUUUCAUCCUUAGACUUAGUACUUCAUUUGGAAGCUUUACUGUCCUUCAUGGAUUUUUUAUCAUCUGCUAUUCCAUGCUCUCAACCUUCCUCUACUGAGAAGGAAUCUGAGCUGAGACCACUUGUGGGGGAGUCCAGAAGUAUCGUCGUCAAAGCCGCAUCCAGCAGCACUUCUCGAGAUGACGUGUUUGAUUUAAAGGUCAUAGCUGAGUUAAAUGCAUUUAAUGUCUUUGUCUGUGAUCAGAAGUGCAACAUUGCAGAUAUUCGAGUGCGUGGAAUGGAUGCCUCUAUUUCUGUGAAGCCAAAACAGACCGACAUGUUUGCCAGACUUAAGGAUAUAAUAGUUACGAAUGUUGAUUUGCUGUCCAUUCACAAAAAGGCUGUCUCUAUUUUGGGAGAUGAAGUCUUUAGGUUCCAAAUGACUCUUUAUCCAGAUGCCACAGAAGGAAAGGCAUAUGCUGAUAUGUCUAAAGUGGAUGGGAAAGUUAGUCUCAAAGUGGGUUGUAUUCAAAUUGUUUAUGUUCAUAAAUUCUUCAUGUCUCUUUUGAACUUCCUCAACAAUUUCCAAACUGCCAAAGAAGCUUUGAGCUCAGCCACAGUCCAGGCUGCAGAAAGAGCUGCUUCCAGCAUGAAAGACUUGGCUCAAAAGAGUUUCCGCCUUUUGAUGGAUAUCAACUUGAAAGCACCAGUUAUUAUUAUUCCUCAGUCUUCAGCAUCGCCUAAUGCUGUUAUAGCAGAUCUGGGUUUAAUCAGAGUUGAAAAUAAAUUUAGCGUAGUUCCUAUGGAACAUGAUUCCCUCCCUCCAGUCAUCGACAAGAUGAACAUUCAGCUAAGCCAGCUGAAGUUGUCCAGAACUAUUUUGCAACCUGGCUUGCCACAACAUGACAUUGAAAUUUUAAAACCAGUCAACAUGCUUUUGUCCAUACAGCGGAAUUUAGCAGCAGCAUGGUAUAUGAAGAUUCCAGGGAUGGAGAUAAAAGGAAAGCUAAAACCUAUGUUGGUUGCUCUUAGUCAAGACGACUUAACAGUUUUAAUGAAAAUUUUACUGGAAAAUCUGGGAGAAGCCUCUUCACAGCCAAGCCCUACGCAAUCUACCCAGGAGGCUGUAAGAGUAAGAAAAGAUGUUCUGAGUGGGCCUGACCACUUCAAAGAACAAGAUACAACAGACUUAAAGCUUUCUGUGGACCAAAAUGUCACUCUCCAAUUUGACUUUCACUUUGAAUCUCUUUCCAUUGUCCUUUAUAACAAUGAUAUAAACCAGGAAUCCAAACUUUCAUUUCACAAUGACAGUUUCCGGCUUGGUGAACUCAGACUGCAUCUUAUGGCCUCUGUAGGGAAGAUGUUUAAGGAUGGCUCAAUGAAUGUUAGCCUUAAACUUAAGACGUGCACCCUUGAUGAUCUCAGAGAAGGCAUUGAGAGAGCAACAUCAAGAAUGAUUGAUAAAAGGAAUGAUCAAGAUGACAACAGUUCUAUGAUUGAUAUAAAUUACCAACAAAGCAAAAAUGGAACUCACAUUGAUGCUGUUCUUGACAAGCUGUAUGUAUGUGCCAGUGUGGAGUUUCUGAUGACUGUGGCAGAUUUCUUUAUCAAAGCUGUGUCUGAGAAUCCAGAAAAUAUGGCAAAGGAAGCACAGAUUCCACUCCGACAGACGGCCACAGCAAAAAUCAAGAUGGAGAAAGAAGACUCUGUAAGACCAAAUAUGACUUUAAAGGCCAAGAUCACAGAUCCAGAAGUGGUAUUUGUUGCCAGUCUGACAAAGGCCGAUGCUCCUGCCCUCACAGCCUCAUUCCAGUGUAACCUGUCUAUGUCAACAUCCAAACUUGAACAGAUGAUGGAAGCUUCUGUGAGAGAUCUUAAAGUCCUUGCUUGCCCUUUUCUCAGAGAAAAAAGAGGAAGAAACAUUACUACAGUCUUACAUCCCUGUUCUUUAUUUAUGGAAAAAUGUAUGUGGGCUUCAGGAAAACAAAAUAUAAGCAUUAUGGUUGAAGAAUUUAUAAUUAAGAUCUCACCCAUAAUUCUGAAUACUGUGAUGACAAUCAUGGCUGCUAUGUCUCCAAAGACAAAAGAAGAUGAAUCCAAAGAUACAUCUAAGGAAACAGAAAAUCUUUGGGGCAUCAAAUCUGUUAGUGAUUAUAACUCUUGGUUUCUUGGUGUUGACAUGGCAACAGAAAUAACAGAAAAUUUCAAAGACAUUCAACAUCUCUCUGUAGAGGAAAAUUGUGCUGUUGUUGUACAGUCAGUUCAAGUUACCUUAGAAUGUGGCCUUGGGCAUCGAACCGUACCUUUAUUACUGGCAGAGUCUAAGUUUUCAGGAAAUGUUAAAAAUUGGACUUCCCUACUGACUGCUACUGCUGACAUGACAUUAGAGGUUCACUAUUAUAAUGAAGCCCAUGCUGUUUGGGAGCCACUGAUUGAGAGAGUGGAGGGGAAGAGACAAUGGAACUUAAGACUCAAUGUAAAGAAAAAUCCAGUCCAGGAUAAAAGUUUAAUUCCAGGAGAUGAUAUUAUUUUUAUUCCUGAGCCACAAACAGCAGUUCAUAUUUCUUCAGGAGAUACAAUGAAUAUAACCAUAUCCAAAAGUUGCCUUAAUGUUUUCAACAAUUUAGCCAGAGGUUUUUCAGAAGGCACUGCUUCUACUUUUGACUACUCUUUAAAAGAUAGGGCUCCUUUUACAGUAAAAAAUGCUUUAGGUAUUCCCAUUAAGGUGCAGCCCAAUCACAAUCUCAGAGUAAUAGGCUCCCUUGAGCAGAGUGGAGUUUAUGAUGUUGAUGCUGGUCAGAGUUUGGAAUUGGAGUAUGCCGGCAUGGAACCUUCACGUCAAGGAAAAUUGUCUAUGCUGAGCCGUCAAGAAAGCUCCUUCUUCACGCUAACCUUUGUUCCUCAUGGAUAUACAGAAGUUGCAAAAGUCCCUGUUGCCAGAUCCGGACGGCGGUUAUAUAAUGUACGGAAUCCCAAUGCCCGUCAUUCUGACUCAGUCUUGGUACAGAUUGAUGCAACUGAAGGGAAUAAAGUAAUUACCCUCCGUUCGCCUCUACAGAUUAAAAAUCAUUUCUCUAUUGCAUUCAUCAUCUAUAAAUCUGUUAAGAAUGUUAAGCUUCUGGAGCCCAUUGGAGUAGCCAGCCCUGAAGAGGAAUUCCAUGUUCCUUUAGAUUCAUAUAGAUGUCAAUUAUUUAUUCAGCCGGCUGGUAUCUUAGAGAGUCAGUACAAAGAAUCCACCACUUACAUUUCUUGGAAGGAAGAACUUCACAGGAGCAGGGAAGUCCGAUGCAUGCUGCAGUGUCCAUCAGUAGAAGUCAACUUCCUACCUCUCAUUGUCAGUACAGUUGCUUUGCCGGAUGAAUUAAGCUAUAUAUGUAGCCACGAGGAAGACUGGGGUCCAGCUUACAUUAUCCAUCUUUAUCCUACCCUCACUUUGCGGAACCUUCUCCCAUAUUCUCUAAGAUAUUUACUUGAGGGAACAGCAGAAACUCAUGAGCUAGCCGAAGGCAGUGCUGCUGAUGUUCUACAUUCAAGAAUCAGUGGAGAAGUAAUGGAAUUAGUGCUGAUGAAAUAUCAGGGCAGAAACUGGAAUGGACAUUUCCGUAUAUGCAAUACACUUCCAGAAUUCUUUCUUGUGUGUUUUUCUCCUGACUCCACAGAAAUGAUGACAAUUGACUUGUCGGUACAUGUCAGACGAAUUGACGGCCGGAUGGUGCUAUCUGUUUUUAGUCCCUAUUGGCUAAUCAACAAGACUUCUCGGGUUCUCCAGUAUCGUGCAGAAGAUAUUCACGUGAAACAUCCAGCUGAUUUCAGGGAUAUUAUUUUAUUCUCUUUCAAGAAGAAGAAUAUUUUUAGUAAAAAUAAGGUACAAUUAAAAAUUUCAACUAGCACUUGGUCCAAUAGUUUUUCAUUGGAUACAGUGGGAAGUUACGGGUGUGUGAAGUGUCCUGCCAACAGUAUGGAAUACCUGGUUGGUGUGAGCAUCAAAAUGAGCAGCUUUAAUCUUACACGAAUAGUUACUCUGACUCCCUUUUGUACCAUUGCAAACAAGUCAUCAUUAGAGUUAGAAGUUGGUGAAAUUAUGUCUGAUGGCUCCAUGCCAACUAAUAAGUGGAACUAUAUUGCUUCUUCAGAGUGCCUUCCUUUUUGGCCUGAGAAUUUGUCAGGCAAACUUUGUGUCAGAGUGGUGGGCUGUGAAGGAUCCUCCAAACCAUUUUUUUAUAACCGACAGGAUAACGGCACAUUAUUGAGCUUAGAAGAGCUGAAUGGAGGUAUCUUGGUGGAUGUAAACACUGCUGAGCACUCAACUGUCAUAACGUUUUCUGAUUACCAUGAAGGAUCUGCACCUGCUCUAAUAAUAAACCAUGCACCACAGGAUGUCCUCACAUACAAACAGAGCGGGUCACAGGAGGAAAUGUGCUUGCUGCCAGGACAAGCUCGACUUUUUGCCUGGGCAGAUCCUACUGGUACCAGACAACUUACGUGGACGUACGCAGCAAAUACUGGGGAGCACAGUCUGCUAAAGGAUGAAUGUGGACAGUUUCCAUAUGAUGCAAAUACACAGAUACACUGGGUAUCAUUCCUGGAUGGGCGCCAAAGAGUGUUGCUUUUCACUGAUGACGUUGCCUUGGUUUCCAAAGCACUGCAGGCGGAAGAAAUGGAGCAGGCUGACCAUGAAAUAACCUGGUCUCUCCACAGUCUUGGGCUUUCACUGGUUAACAAUGAAAACAAACAGGAAGUUUCAUAUAUUGGGAUAACCAGUUCUGGUGUUGUUUGGGAGAUGAAACCAAAACAGAAAUGGAAGCCUUUUAGUCAAAAGCAGAUAAUGGUGCUGGAACAGUCCUAUAAAAAAUACCAAGCAUCCAGAGACCAUGGAUGGAUUAAACUAGAUAAUAAUUUUGAGGUCAAUUUUGAUAAAGUGCCCAUGGAAAUGCGCUUCCCUGUUCAGUGCCCAAUAAAGCGAGAUUUUUUAUCAGGGAUUCAGAUUGAAUUUAAGCAGUCUCCUCACCAGCGAAGUUUAAGGGCCAGGUUGUGUUGGCUUCAGGUUGAUAGUCAGUUACCAGGUACAAUGUUUCCUGUUGUAUUUCAUCCUGUGGCUCCUCCAAAAUCUAUUGCUUUGGAUUCAGAGCCCAAACCUUUCAUUGAUGUGAGUGUCAUAACAAGAUUUAAUGAGUACAGUAAAGUAUUACAGUUCAAGUAUUUUAUGGUCCUCAUUCAGGAGAUGGCUUUGAAAGUUGAUCAGGGGUUUCUAGGAGCUGUUAUUGCACUGUUUACUCCAACAACUGAUCCAGAAGCUGAAAGAAAACGGACAAAGUUAAUCGAGCAAGAUACUGACACUCUCAACACAGAAUUAAUGGAGACCUCAGUGACUGAUAUGUCAGUUCUUAGUUUCUUUGAACAUUUCCAUAUUUCUCCUGUUAAGUUGCAUUUGAGUCUUUCCUUGGGUAGUGGAAGUGGAGAGUCAGACAAAGAAAAACAGGACAUGAUUGCAAUUCAUUCUAUUAAUCUGCUCUUGAAAAGCAUAGGUGCUACUUUGACUGACGUGGAUGACUUAAUAUUCAAACUUGCUUAUUAUGAAAUUCGAUACCAGUUUUACAAGAGAGAUCAGCUCAUGUGGAGUGUUGUUAGACAUUACAGUGAACAGUUCUUGAAACAGAUGUAUGUCCUUGUAUUGGGCUUAGAUGUGCUUGGAAACCCAUUUGGAUUAAUUAGAGGCCUGUCUGAAGGAGUUGAAGCUUUAUUCUAUGAACCCUUCCAGGGUGCUGUUCAAGGCCCUGAAGAAUUUGCUGAGGGAUUAGUGAUUGGAGUCAGAAGUCUCUUUGGACACACUGUAGGUGGUGCAGCAGGAGUUGUAUCUCGAAUCACCGGUUCCGUUGGAAAAGGUUUGGCAGCAAUUACAAUGGACAAGGAAUAUCAGCAAAAAAGAAGAGAGGAGAUGGGUCGACAGCCGAAGGAUUUUGGAGACAGCCUGGCCAGAGGAGGAAAGGGCUUCCUACGUGGCGUUGUUGGUGGAGUGACUGGGAUCAUAACGAAGCCCGUGGAAGGUGCCAAAAAGGAAGGAGCUGCUGGAUUCUUUAAAGGAAUUGGAAAAGGGCUGGUGGGUGCUGUGGCUCGUCCAACAGGUGGAAUCAUAGAUAUGGCCAGCAGCACCUUCCAAGGGAUUCAGAGGGCAGCAGAGUCAACUGAGGAGGUAUCCAGGCUCCGACCCCCCCGUUUCAUCCACGAGGAUGGCAUCAUUCGCCCAUAUGAAAGACAGGAAUCUGAGGGCUACGAUUUAUUUGAGAAUCACAUCAAAAAGUUAGAAGGAGAGACUUAUCAAUACCACUGUGCUAUUUCUGGAAGCAAGAAGACAGUCCUUAUGGUUACAAAUAGGCGAGUGUUGUGUAUAAAGGAAGUUGAAAUCCUAGGCCAUAUGUCCAUAGACUGGCAGUGUCCAUUUGAAGAUUUUGUAGUUCCUCCCAGUGUCCAUGGAAACGUGCUAAAAUUUUCAGUCAAGGAGCAGGGUCUGUUCCACAAAAAAGACAGUGCCAGUCAUGGCUGCCGGAAGGUUGACCUGCAGGAUGCCGCCACAGCAGAGAGAGUCUGUAAUGCCAUUGAUGAAGCACGGUCUAUGAGACACCAGCAAAAACUGAUGAAGCAGUCAUCAUUGAAACUUCUCAGGCCCCACAUACCAUUUUAGUCAUGGAUCUCAGGGGGCCGCUUCUGGGAGAAAAACCAACCAUCAGUCUUGUCUAUAAAUCACUCUUCUUCAUCUUGCUAAAGAGAAUUUUUCAGGCAAUCCUGUAGUUUUAGAAUUAUUUUCUAAGAUAGUAUUGGAUUUUCCAUUUUUUCCCAUUAGUUUUGACUCUAAUUUUGUAAGUCUGCGUUGUCAGCAAUUCGCUUUUCUACACUGCCACCUAAAUGAGUCAGACCCUCAAAGAAAUAGCACUUUAAAGUGAGAAUGAAAUUUCCAAACAAAGGGCAAUGAGCUUAUUUUUAAUUAAAGUUCUUUUUGAAGAGUAAGAAAAGAGCUUAGAAUGACUAUUGUUCUUUAGAAGGUUUUGGACAAAUCUUUGGACAAAUGUUGGAUAUUUUAUUUAGGAGUACUUUGUUCAGUAAUUGAACUGAGGUAAUAUUUUUGGUAAACCAGGUAUGUGACUGAAGAAAAGCCACUAAAAGGAGAAAUGACAUGUUUCCUAUUUUCUUUUCAUGUUAUUUUUCUCCUAAUAAAAACAUGUUUUCCUUUGGUGCUUA